AUGACUUCGCCGCAGACCAAACUGGGCCUCUUUGGAGUGCUAGGGCUGAUCUUCCGCCUGCCCUUCGCCUUGGUUAUAUUCCUCUCAAUCCUGUUACGCGGGCUCCCACUCGCCAUCCGACGCGGAAUCUCAAUCAGGCUCUGGCUCUUAAGCGCCCAAUAUCGCCUUGCCCUCGGCUACUUGGAACCCCGUGAGAUGCAAUACCUCGCGGCCCCUGCCCGACAGGUUUAUCCGCAAUGGAUUGCAAAGCAAAGGGCCAAGGUCUCUCGUCUGGGCAACGUCGGUGCCCUCAAUCGAUUGCGGGGAGACGUGGAACCACUCAAAGAAGCGGGCGCCAACAUCAUGUGGCUCGGAGACCGCAGGAAAGCCACAAAAGUCGUGCUCUUCUUCCACGGAGGCGGAUAUGUCGCCCCCGUCGGCUUGGGCCACUUCACCUGGUGCUGGAACUGCUACGUUGACAACGGGCCCGGCGCGAAGGACGAGGUGGCCGUUGCCGUCCUCGAGUAUACUCUCUGCCCCGGUGUCAGGUACCCGACGCAGCUGCGGCAGGCCGUUGCUGCGCUCAACCACCUUCUAAGAUCCGGCAUUGCGCCCGGCGACUUGGUGAUCGGGGGCGACUCGGCCGGUGGCAACCUGGCCUGCCAGGUGCUCAACCACAUCCUUCACCCGCACCCCGAGGUUGAGACCGUCCGCCUCUCGGGCCCGCUGGCCGGCGUGUUCAUGGUCUCACCCUUGCUCACCGUCCGGACGGACACUGCUUCUUUUCGCGACAACCACCGCGUGGACAUGCUCUCGGCCGCCAUCGUCUCCAAGGGAAGUCGAUACAUCUUCCCCGCCGACUUCGCGAAGCAAAAGGUCUCGAACCCGCACCAACCGAUGCCUUUGGACGGUGACCUCGAGUGGUUCGGCGAAAUCCAGGCCGUGAGCAAGUCGAUCUACAUCACCACCGGCGCGCAGGAGGUGUUCCGAGACGAUGUCAGGGCGUUUGCCGAGGCCGUGAGACGACGGAACCCGGACCUUGAUUUCAAGCUGGACGUCGCCGCCAACGAGGUCCACGAUUCCAUAUUGCUUGAGGGGGAGUUCGAUGCAGUAGGGGAUGCUACGAAAAGGAUGAGGCAGUGGGCUUCGAAAUGUCUUGCGUGA